CGACUCUGCUGCAGCCUGCAGCACAGCAGGGAUCUAAGUGGGGCCGUAUCCGGACACGAGACCCAACUGGAAGCUCCCGAAACCGAAAAACAAUCCAGGACUGACCGCGGUAUCCUGCCCACGACCCAGUCGUUACAGUGCAGGGAGUGUUGUACGCAGCAGCCAGGUUCUCUGCGCUUUUAUGCAUCGCCCUUCCCGUGCCUGCCUCAAAACGCCGGCGCAAGCAACAGCGACAGCACAAGUCGAGGGAGACGCAAGCGCGACUCCAGCGCGUGACGCAGAGAAGCCCGCGACGCACGACCCCGGCACCCCGAUCACGCGAAGUCAUGCAGCCAUCAACCCUGUAACACGCUCCCAAGCAGAAGGGACGAACGGAUAAACGAGAGCCACACAUCAGACGGACCUCUGCCAGAGCAAACAAACCCCAUCCUUCUUCCACCGGCCACAGCUCCCGGCUCGGCCGUCGGGUUAGCAACAACAACAACGACGCCACCUCCCUCCCUCCUUCCCUCACGCUC